GACACAGAUCGUCUGAAAAGCGGGAAAUUGGGCUUUUUUCUGCGGCCUUUGAGGAUAAUCUGAGUAAAAGGACAUGGCUUGGGGCUAUUGGAGUGCAACUGCUGUAGAUCGUGGUCGUUCACCACGACGCAACACGCAAUGUGCCUCUGUGCCGGCCAAUACGAUGCCGCAAUCGGAGCCGCCGCCGCCGCAAUGCUACAGCCCCUGUGGACGCAGUCCAUGUGGCAGUCCCUGCCACAGUGCAUGCCAGAGUCCUUGUCAGAGUCCGCAGCAUGUGGCGGCGUGCAGUGAGUCGGAAAGUGAGCCGCAAGCAUGCCAUCAGCCACCUUUGGAAGAGUAUCCCAGGCGACAGAGUCUGGAUCCAUUGGAUAGUCCUCAGGCAAAUCAACUGUCGGAUAUUCUGUGUCGGGGAGCCACGGUGUCCUCAAUCUCCUCCGCCAACAACACCCUAACUCGGGGUGCUUCAUUGCGUGAUACUGGUGAUUACGAUGUGCCCCAUCCGCAUCCUCAUACACAUCACUACAUGACGACAGCUACGUCCACAUCAAUUCAUGGCUCAAGGCCAGGCAGUGCUGGUGCUGCAUCGGCUCACGGACACAGCGGACAUGGCAGUGGACAUGGUAGUGGACAUGGAAGUGGAAGUGGGAGUGGAUCGAGCCCGGGAAUGAGCGGAACGGGCAGUGUUAUUGCCGGCGGCGUCAAUUACUUGGAGUGCCUCCAUUACGAGCGAAUGCCUCUGCCUAUUCCGGUGCAAAUUCCUAUUGUACCGCCACCGCCACCGGCACACCUGCUGUCAGAGGAUGAAGUGGAACCGGCUUAUGCUACAGUAUUUCCUAAUGUACCGUCUGCUCCAGGAAUGUCCUGCGUCGGCGAAGAUCGAAGCAUCUAUCGACGAGGUGCUCGACGAUGGCGCAAAUUGUACAGGAUCAAUGGUCACAUAUUUCAAGCGAAACGCUUUAACAGAAGAGCCUUCUGUGCUUACUGUCACGAUAGGAUUUGGGGUUUGGGACGCCAGGGAUUUAAGUGCAUUCAGUGUAAGCUGCUCGUCCACAAAAAGUGUCACAAGAUGGUCCAGAAGCCAUGCACCAAUGAGCAUCAGAAACCCAUUAUGAAGGAGAGAGAUGAUAUCAAUGGGGAAGUGCAGAAAGAACUGCUGCCACCAGCUCCUGAAUUUGCUCCAGAACUCGCCGAGGGUGGUGAUCAUGUAGCUGUUGAGGCACUCCAGAGUUCUGAGGAGCCUCUGGAGCCCGGUGCUCAGCGUCAGUACUCUCUGGAGGACUUUGAGUUAAUUCGGGUGAUUGGACGUGGUAGCUAUGCCAAGGUGCUGAUGGUGGAGUUGCGUCGGACGCGUCGGAUUUAUGCGAUGAAAGUGAUCAAGAAGGCACUGGUGACAGAUGAUGAGGACAUCGACUGGGUGCAGACGGAGAAACAUGUGUUCGAGACAGCGUCCAAUCAUCCAUUCCUCGUUGGUCUCCAUUCGUGCUUCCAGACACCAUCACGCCUGUUCUUUGUCAUUGAGUUUGUGCGCGGUGGUGAUCUCAUGUUCCACAUGCAGCGACAGCGCCAUCUGCCCGAGGAGCAUGCCAGAUUCUAUGCUGCUGAGAUCAGUUUGGCCCUCAAUUUUCUACACGAGAAGGGCAUCAUCUAUCGUGACUUGAAGCUGGACAAUGUGCUCUUGGACCACGAGGGUCACAUCAAACUUACGGACUAUGGGAUGUGUAAGGAGGGCAUUAGACCAGGUGAUACAACUUCCACUUUCUGCGGUACGCCCAAUUAUAUUGCACCAGAGAUCCUCCGUGGUGAGGAUUAUGGCUUUUCUGUGGACUGGUGGGCUCUCGGGGUGCUGCUGUACGAGAUGCUGGCAGGACGUAGUCCCUUCGACAUUGCAGGAGCGUCCGAUAAUCCGGAUCAAAACACCGAGGAUUACCUGUUUCAGGUGAUUCUCGAAAAGACAAUUCGUAUUCCAAGGUCGCUCAGCGUCAAAGCAGCCUCAGUUCUCAAAGGUUUCCUCCACAAGAAUCCCGCUGAUCGACUCGGAUGCCAGCGGGAAUCCGCCUUCAUGGACAUUGUCAAUCAUCCCUUCUUCAAGAGUAUCGAUUGGGAACUGCUGGCCCAGAAAGAAGUGGCUCCGCCGUACGUGCCGUCCUUUCCCGAUCACGAGGAGCCUGAUCUUACGGCCAAUUUUGAUCCGCAGUUCACACGGGAACCGCCCGAAUUGACUCCGGACGACCCGAGGGUGAUUGAGAAGAUUGAUCAAUCGGAAUUUGAGGGAUUUGAAUAUGUAAAUCCUCUGUUGAUGUCCCUUGAGGAUUGCGUCUGACACCACGCGUCGUGCGAGCUGCAUCCCUACAAUUCGCAGCCAAUUAUCGAGACUGUCGAAAUUCUCACACAUCCCCGUGACUACAGAACAAAUAUUAGAAAACAAAGAUAAAUGAGAGAAAAAUAUAGUUAAAGAUAGAGAGAGAGAGAGAGAGAGAGAGAGAGAGAUAAAGAAAAAGUGUUAAGAUCGAGAAAUGUUUUGAGAAAUUGACAAGAAGCAACAUUUUAGCUAUAUGGAGAUGACUCCAGCGACUACGAUUCCGUUGUGGAUGAUCUCAGCAUUCUUCAAUUACCUCCGCCACCAUCCAAGAGUCUACUUCAGCACAUGUUUUGCCUUCCAUUGAAUUAAGCCGGACUUUUUAUAUAAGAAAAAAAAGUAAGAAUGAAGUAAACACGUCUUUGCGAAUCUAUAUAUUUUCCUUUUUGCAACAAAAAAAAAUCAAUAUUUAACAUAUUUGACGAAAUAUUUACAAGUUAGCAAUUGAAAUAUGUCGAUAAAGAGAUACGCUACACUCAUACAAAAAUCACGAAACAUUGAUUUUAUGUUUUGCAAUUUAAAAUGAAACACGCGAGAAACACUAUUCUCCAUUUUUUCUGUGUUUUAUGAUGUUACACUUAAAAGAAUUUGCAGUAUUAAAAGAAGUUAAUCAAUAAAAUGAAGUGAAUUAAUAAAAGAAAACCAACACAAGUAUUAAAAAAAAGCAAAGAUAUUUUUUGGUAUAUUUUAUUUAAAAAGAAAUUAACAAGACAGAGCAUAGUUUAAAAAGAGUAUUGAGAAAAAAAUAAACUUAAAAAUUAGCAAGAUUAUUUUGUCAUAUGAAAAUGAAAAACAAAAAAUAAAGAAAACACACUUCUAAAAUAAAACAACAUUGAAAAAAAAACUAAUUAUACAACUUAAAAGCAGAAAUGUAGUUGAAUAUUGCAAGAAAAAAAAUUAUUUAAGAUAUAAAAUUGAACUGAGAAUAAUACAAAAUUACAAACAAGACAUAAAAAUCAAAUUGAUGGAGAGUGAGAAGAAUGAAGAAAAUCAACGAAACACGUCUUGUAAAUAAUGUUUAAAGAAACAAAAAGGAGAUAAUAGUGAAGAAAAAGGCACUGAAAGGGCAAAAACAUCGCAAAAAAAAAGUGAUGACAGUUUGUAAAUAGCUAAAUAACUAACAUUCUAGGCACUUAAAUGAUAAAUAUUUGAAAAAUAUUUACUUAAUUUUUGCACACACAAAUGAUAUAUAAAAACUUUUAACGUAAAAAAAAAAAACAGUUCCAAACAUUUUUGAACAUUCCAGAAACAAAAAAAAAUAUAGAGCCUGAUUCUUCUACUUGGCAAGAUGACUGCUUUGGAAGUGUGGUUAUGUUAGAUCUAACCUAUAAGAAGUCCAAAAUUAUUUUUUAAAGAAUUUUCGAUAAAUUAAUCAAUAAUUUCGUUAAGCUUUUCACAGUUGAUUAAAAACCACAUAAAAAAAUAUUCGUUAGGAUUGGUAUUUCAUCAGUUUAGGGUACAGAAAACACAUUCCGGUAGGUAUAACUUCAAAAUAGUAAGAUUGUAAUCGAACUUCUCAUUUUUUUAAAGAUAUAUCGUUAUCGGAUCGUUCGGAUUUCUUCCACUUUUCAACUCUUGAAGUAAACUUUGUCCAUGAAUAAUUUUAGGCCACGCCUACAUCAAUAAAUACGGAUGGGGAAAAGGAUAUAUUAUUUUUUUUCAAUAUUAAUUCUGGCAUUUCUAAGAGAAAGUCAAGACGUUAACGGUAAGUACCUAAUUUGUCUCUUUCAAUUUUUAUUUUAAACUAUUUAAGCUAAAUGUUAUAAAUAAAAAUUGAAGGAGACACGACAGGUGUUUUCCGUUUACCACUUAAUACACUCCAUUAGUCCAUACUUCAUUAAAAGAAAGGCCAUUUUCAAUUUGCAAAUGUAGAUCUUGCUUUGUCAAAUUAAGUCAUGGUCUUUUCAUAUCACUUAUGAAGAGUAUUAUGAUUUAUUUUCGAUUUCUGUCUUAUUUUUCCUUCAGCCAUAUAUUGUUUCUUAAAUUUUACGGAUAAGCAGAUUUAAAGUGAGAUAUUCAGUAAAGCAACAUUCUAUGAAAUAAGCCUUGUCUUCAAAUGGGCGUGGCUACACUAAACCUUCCAUUUGCGUAUUACUUCCUUUAAGUUUAUUUCUCACAAAUGAAAAAAUAACAAUCUUUCUUUUGAUACUUACCUAUUUUUAGCCUAUUUUUCUUAUUUCUUCAUAGUUCAUUGUAAGUGGGCGUGGCCUAUUUUAGUGGGCUGGCAUUUUUUACUUCGCCCCUUUUUCUUAUAAAAAAUAUGAAUAGGGUUAUUCAUGAAUAGUUAUUGGAAACUAUAUUAACAAUUACAGAAAUUAUAGAAAAAAGAACAGAUCUUCUAGUAUUGUUUCGAUCAAAAAGUUAAUGGUACUCCUUCUCUGUUUCCAGAAGUAAGAUGAAAAAUUGCAGGUUGGAAUCUUAAUAUCUUUUAAUAAAAUAAAAGGACUAUAAAACUUGAAAAAAAAACCGGAGCUUUUAAUUCAGUUCGAGCUGAUCAGGAAACGCGAUAGAGAUAAAGUAUUCAAUGUGUUUAAAUAUUUAAUUAGACGACGACAUUGCUAAAAUCGAAAAAAAGAUAAAAUUUUUGCCACUGCACUAAAUUUUUAAUCUGGUAUUAAAUUUUAUAGGUUAAGACUAACAUAACCUCACAUUGUAAAACACUCUUUAGGCCAAGUUAAAGAAUUUGCAGAAUAUAAAAAAGUGGAAACAAGUGAAUUAACAAAAUAAAUGAAAUAUUUAGUCGAUAGUGUGAAAAAUUAUUGAAGAUAAAAUGAAGAAAUAAAAAUUUUAGGAGAAAAUUUUACUAAAUGAUGCUCAAGAUAAUUGAAUUAUAUAAACAAAAGAAUUGUCUGUUUGUCAAAUUUAUGCGUCACACACGAGAAUUUUAGUGUCAAUCGAAAUGAGAAAAAAUAUUGAAGAAAAAAAAAUGCGAAAGAAUGUUUAGGGAAAUUAUAAAGAAAUUGUCACACGUUUCCGUUUCGUUGAAAAUUAAUCUUUCAUUCUAUUAAAUUGUUGCUGAGAACGUUAUUUCUCUGAAAUCGAGUUAUAGUGGUUUUUUUUCUAGAUUAAUCUUUUGCAUAAUGCAUUUUUUCUCUCAUUUUUCAUGAUUCAAAACGUGAAACAUGAAACAUUCCCUUUUAUAUUUCAAUUGUGUUUCAAGUAUUUUUGCGAAGUAUUUCUAUUUUUCUUUUUUAAAAAAUUAUUCUAAUAAUAGGUUUUCUAGAUCGCCUUUUUAAGAUCUUAGUUUAUUAUAGAGCAGUUUUCCUCUUAAGUUUUUUAGGAAGAAAACAAAGUAUUUCUUUAAAUUUUCUUUAUUACAAAGAUUUAUACAAUAAUUAUGUUUUCUUUUACAUUUUUUUUGAGCUUUUCUUUGAAACGAAUAUUUAAAAACUCUUUUGAAGGAUGUUAAAUAUUGUAAAAAGAAAAAAAAAACAAGAUGAAUUUCUAUGAAGUAUGUUUUUAGAGUCAAAAUGAAGAAGAAAAAUGUAUUGAAGUCACAUUUGAAAAUUCACAAUCUUUUUUCCUCUAUCAAUUCAUUGAUACCCAAUAUAAAAAUAGCUAUUUAUUGACAAAGAUUAUUGAUGAAAAAUUUCACUCCUACCACUAUUUAAACAAAAAAAAAGAGUCUUAUAAAAAAACUGUUAAUUAUUUGAAGAAAAUAUAAAAUAUCAAUGAAUUUACUGUAUCCUUCCUAAUUAAAAAUCAAUUUACUUCUCAAGCAGAAAUAUUUUCAAUUAAAUAUAAAUAAUUACAAGAAAAUUUGGAAGGAGAAUUCUUUUUUUUAUUUUUAAAGAAAAAUGUUGAGAUCUUUGUUCAUUAUAUUUUCUUUCUCGUAUUCAAUUUUAAUUAUUGCUUUAAAAAACAAUCAACUAUGAUUACGAUGAUGAAUUAAUCAAAUGGUUUGUAUUGCAAAUAUUAAUGAUAACAAUAUUGAAGAAAAAUAGCAUGAAAAUUAAUUAAAAUGAACAUACAAUUUGAAA